AAAAACAGCUGGCUGAAACGAAACCCAAGGCAGACUUGUGAGGAUGUGAAUGAACAGAGGCAAAAAAAUUCAGAGCACAAGCCAGCAUUGACCUUUUUUCCCCUGUAAUGAAAAGGAGUGAUUGAAAUGGUGUGUGAUAGCCCAGGGUUCCUGGACUGCUUGUUGCUGAAGUUCUGACAGUGAGAUUUCCGCUGUCACUGCCGCUUCUGUGCGUGGGACAAGGAUGGAGACACACGUGUAGCCACACGGGGCUGGGAGGGUGGCAAUGACAAUGGAAUGGAGUACUCCGCAAUCUUAACUUCUCCGGAGUUUUCUUUCUUCUCUUUCUGACUUGGUUCAUGCUAUAAAUAUUACAGCGGACUGAAUUUUGUCUUGCUGAUGAAUACCAUACUGAUGUGAAAGUGUGCAGUGGAUUUUUAAUUGUUUUUCAGCAUAGCAAGAGAGUGGAAGUGAGAUAGUCUGUCUGAGGUCACGGCACAUUGCUUGGGAAGAGGUAUGGGACGCAGCAAUUAAGAUAGACUGCAUAAGAUAAAUAAUUUUCUAAAACUAGUCAUGUGAUUUCAUUAAUCACUUCAUUUUGUGUUAACUUGCUGCAAGAAUGUCACUGACUUGCAAAGGAAAAAGGCUGUUGUUGCGUUUCCCUCUUGGCAGAUGUCUAGAGACCUAAUUACAGUUAAUAGCAAGAAGAACUUUUUAUCUAAACACUUUUCAAUAUAUAAAGUGCAAUUUUGGAUCGAAGUAAACAGUUUGUAUUGAAAUAAUACACACCCCAGGUACCCAGUUCCAUUUAAAAGGAAACAGGGUUGCCAAGCUUUUCAUGUUAAAAUUUGGUUUUGCUUGUGCUACACGGGCAAGAGAAAGUGAGUGUUGACUUUGCAAUUCAGAUACAAAGCUGGAGGCAAGUGAGAGGGUUUCUGUUUCUGACUUUGGAGUCGGCUUCCUGGGCAAUGCUGUGUGAAUCACACAGCUUUCUAAAACCAUCCUCUCAAUUUUCAAAUGAAAAUUGCAGCUCUCUCGUUUCACAGAGGUGCUUGAAGUUUCGAUCCUUUGUGCUUGCAACAGUAUUGGGGCGUCUGCUGAUGGACAAAGGUGCUUUCACUGAAGAUCUGCCUGUAGAUCUAACAAACAACAGCAGCAAGUGUUGCUGAGAGCAAGCUUGCAAAUUACUUCUAACAUUGCAUGCUGAUAAACACUGGUAAAGCUGCAAAAUGUUCUUAGAAAAUGCUUUUUAUUCAUGUAUUUAUGAACUCUAAUUCUUAAUUUUCCUGUCUUUUAAGCAAACUUUGUAAGGGCUUACCUUGCAAAUGCUUUACUCCGGUGUAAAGCAGGUUGCAGCAGUAUAAAGGAUCUUUGUCUGCAUGAUGACUCCUCUGUACCAUAUAACUAGGAAGUUACUUUUGGUACUUCUCUUGGGAGCAGCGCUAACUGAAGGCGAUAGCGUUUCAUUGAGGUUGUGUGUGGCUGUCUCUGUGCUGAGCUGCGGUGGCUCCGCUCCAGCUUUUUCCUGCGCUGCUCUGCACCCUGCCCCAAUGGGCUACGCUGUUUACUUUCUGCUCUGUGGUAAAUGGAUGUCACUUCCUUAAUUAAAAUGCUGGUGCGCAGCCAGACUCUCUUCCUUUGGGCUCGUGUGCUCGGAGGAGCAGCACACCUAGUGAGCACACACGCCGUUGAAUCCAGUUGUGUGCUGCGCUCCUGGAUUUGGCUCCUGGCUGGACGUGUUGGGAUGUGCUGCAUCUCCUGCCGGCUGAGACGCUGGGUGCCCACACGUGGAGGCUUUUGAAGGCAUCUCUGAGGUGGAGAAGCACAGAUGGAGCUGUGUCCUGCUGCGUGAAAGCGUCUGAAGAUGGAUCACCCGAUGGCACAAGCCGUGCUCUGUCCACAUCCAGCGGGGAAGGUCUAGGCAGCGAAUGGGCAUGGGGUGCCCGGAUCAGCCUGCUCGGUGCAUCGAAAGCAGCCAGAGGACGUGAGUACGCAGACACGGUUCAAGGGCAACUGCUGGCCCUGCCGUGCCCCUGGGUACACAGAAGCCUGACCGAGACACCACGGAAACUAACCUGGACGCCCGGCUCUGACUGUGCUCCCUGCAGAUUGACCUGAACGCUCUGUCCUUUGCCUUCGUAGCUGGCUGGUUUCUCACCUGAAAACUUUUAAGAGUGACAUCGAGGUUGCUGAUCAGACUGAAACCGAAGAAAGAAGAUAAAACAAUCCCCCUCCCCAUAACCAAGCAGAGCACGAUGAUUGCCACGUGGGUGGAUGUGUUUGCGGGUCCAGGACGGACUGUUUGAUGCUGCACUACUGCCCUUGCAGAAGCUCCUGCUCCCUUUGCUCUCGCCGAUGCUCCGGGCACACCACACAGUCAGCAUCUAGGGCAGUUACUAUGUGGGCGAGCUGCUGUAACUGGCUGUGUCUGGAUGGCUCACCCGAAGAGAUGGAGCCGCAGCCGUCGUCGGGAGCCCGACCCCAAGCCUAUUCCAACCCCGGGUACAGCUCCUUCCCGUCCCCCACGGCGGCUGAGCAGAGCUGCAAAGCCUGCGGGCUGCCCUUCGACAGCUCCACCGCCAAGCACAUCUGCCUGGACUGUAAGAAGAACUUUUGCACGUCCUGCUCCAGCCAGCCCGAAGGCGGUCCCCUGCUCUGCCACCUGUGCCAGCGGUUCCGAGCCACGGCUUUUCAGCGGGAGGAGCUGAUCAAGAUGAAGGUGAAGGAUCUGCGAGACUAUUUGGCACUCCGUGAGAUUUCCACAGAGUUGUGUCGUGAAAAGGAGGACCUGGUAUUUCUGAUUCUUGGUCAGCAGCCUAUAAUUACCGAGGAAGAUCAGAUAAGAACAAAUCCAUUUAAUACUAGUGCCUCUGGACAGCAAGACUUUGUGAUUCUUCCACCAACCAGCAUAGCAUCUUCUACCUCACCUGAUGCAUCUCCAGUGUCUGCAGAUCCCAUCUCAAGUUCACUAGCUCAGGAACAUCAGCAGGCAAAUGGUUAUGUGCCGCCAAGCCAAGUUGAUAUGACAGGAGUUGAGAAUGCAGCAGAAGCACCAACAGAGGAGGAGACGCAGUCUACCGACUCGGAAGAUAACCUGGUGCAGGGGCGGAAGGCUUCUCUCUCAGACCUAACAAGCAUUGGAGACAUCAACGCGCUCUCGGUGCGACAGCUGAAGGAAAUUCUUGCUCGCAACUUUGUCAACUACAAAGGCUGCUGUGAGAAGUGGGAGCUGCUAGAGAGGGUGACUCGUCUUUAUAAAGAGAAAGACCUUCAACAUCUAGUUUCUGACACUGAUGAUCAAACUGGUGGCGCUGGGCUCCCUGGCACGGACGAGAACCUGUGCAAAAUCUGCAUGGACGCACCCAUUGACUGUGUCCUGCUAGAAUGUGGCCACAUGGUGACUUGUACUAAGUGCGGGAAGCGGAUGAGCGAGUGUCCCAUCUGCAGGCAGUUCGUCAUACGGGCUGUCCACGUCUUUAAGUCCUAAGUGUGCGUCAGGAAGACUGGUGAUGCCUUAAAGCCUCAUCUGCUGUUAGAGAAACAGUCAAAAUCGCUACGAAUCGUUAGGUCAGAGAUUGGCAUACGGACCCCAUUGGAAGGUGGAACUGAGGGAAGGAUGAAGCCUGGGGAAAACUGCUCUUACUUAAGCCGCGCCUGGCUGUGCUCUUCCCACUAUAGUGCUUUACACCACAGUGCCUGGACUCCUCAGAGCUUGUUGCCAGCAGCAGCCACAGAAAUUGUUAUCAACCUACGUUCUAGAAUAACAUGAACCGCUAGCGCUGGGGAUAGACGGAUGCUUGGCUUUCUACCACACAGAUCAGAUGCAGAGCAUUUGGAUUUUCCCUUGAAUAAUAAAACAGAGGUGGACUGGGGUCUCAGAGCUACAUUUGUUUUGCUGCUUAGGCUGUACACCCAGCACCAACUUUAUUUUCAAAGAGUAAAAUUUUACAGUGCUUGUUGGUUUGAUGUUGUAUUUUUUUUUUUUUUAAUUAAUUUAAUGUUAAAUUCUUAUGCUUGCAGGACAGGCAGCCAGCCUCUGAUUUCCAUAUUCAGAAUAAGCGUAAUUCUAGCUUAGUGCGAUUAUGGAAAAAUGUAUAAUUUCAUUUAAAGAUAACUUUGUGUUAUUGAAAAAUUGAAGGGGAGUGAGACUCUGUGAACCAUGCAGCCUUACCGUGAGUGGUGGUGGUUUUCUGUUUACAUGUCAGUGAGAUAGAGGCUUCUAGUUUGACUGUUGUUGAUUCCUUUGACUUCACAGGCUUCCUUACAGGACCUGCCAGCAAUUGUCUGAAAACUGAGCUGACUUCACUCAAUUAAGCUACAAAUCUAAGGCUUAAGUCUUUAGUGAGGAAAACACCUCGAGUAGUAAAGAUUUCAUAGCUACACAAUCAUACUUAAGUAUAGCUGACUUUUAGAGGGGAGGCAUAAAAGAAAAACUUGAUCUCCCUUGAAUCACCAAGAUGAGUGAUCAUCAUUGCAGGUGCUUCUGUUCAGUAAACAGCUUCCCCUUUCUCCUCCUCUUUGCUCAGUUGUACAGUCCUGUUAUAUUCAGAUUGGUUAUCAAAAGCAAUUUAUUUUGUGCUCUUUCUGCUUGUGAGGGGGGAAUAGGAGACUCUGUGAUCUGAUACAUGACAAUUACGAGCCCUUACAGCUGCCCUCACAAAUAGCCUUGCUAGAGAAAAGCAUAACUGGUCUAUUUUUCCCUUUGUGACCCGCAAGUGUUCAGCCCGUUGGGCUGGUAACACACCUACAUUUCAGAAUCUUGAUGCCUUAAGUUUUCAGCCACUGGAAGACUGUGUAUUUAUUUCAAGUUGUUAUGAAGUUGAGUACCUUCUCCUGCAGGAUUUUUCCUGUCCAGCUUUCCCCUUUCUGGGGGGGAUGAUCAGCAGCCAGCAGAGGAACAGCAUAAAAAACAAGCGUCCACUUCUGGAGUAGUGGAAAUGCAGUUACAGAAAUGAUCACCAAAGCCAUCUGCUUUUGCAGUGAGUAGUAAUUGAUGCUAACAGCAACUGAAGCUUGUGUAAUCUUUAACAUGGAAUAUUGCAUGAGUAGCAACUCGCUUCUCAAGUGGCACAGAGUGGAGGUCUCUGCAAAUCAGUAAAGCACUUAAACUGAAGAAAUCAGUCACUCAGCAGAACCUCUGCACUAUUGAGGUGGUCUCGGAACCCCACAAAAAAGCAACAGCUGCUGAGGUUUCUUGAAUGAAAAAUACCAAGUUUUACCUCUCUCCCUGUUCAGGUUGUUCUCUAAUCUCUGGCUUAAAGUUUAACAGCUUCCAGCAUGAGAACAGUACUGGUACAAUUCAAUGCAUCAUGUUUAAAAAAACCAACCUGCAGGUAAGCAGUAACUGUAUUUACUCUUCAAGAGGUUCACAGGGGUCUCUUUAAGGGGUCCAGGAAUACACAUGCAAAGUGUUGAACAGCCUCAUUUAGUAAAUUCACUGUGAAAAUUCAUGUUGUCAUAGUUUUCAAUAAGCUCAGGGCUGGGGAAUUUAGCAGGAAGAUCAUUCCCCUGUGGACAGAUGUACUUUUACUUGUGGAAGGUAGGCUUAUUUUCUACAGCAGAUAAAUCAAACCGCACAGCAAUGCCUAGAAUUUUCAGAAUGAGAAGAUAUACCCACCAUGACUCCAAAAUGUGCUUUCUGAAGGGAGGACUCUCUUUUUUCCCCCCUGACUACAGAGUUUCCCUUGCAAUGAGGGAUUCUUUCCUUAUGGGUGUGAUUGAGUUGUUUUUAAAGGGAAUAUCAAAAUCUGGAGGUAAACCGAUUAAUGAUCUAAAGGAAUAUAAUGAUCUGAGCUAAUAAAGUAAAUGGAAAUAUUUAUGUGCUUUAUGUAUACUGUACAUAGUUUAAAUAUUUUAAAAGUUAAUAUUCUACUUGAAAGGGCAUGUUAUUCUCUAUUAAAUCCUCUUGGUACUAUGAUGGUUAAACUUACUAGUUUUGGUACAGAAAUUUGGUUUAUAAUUUUAUAAUAAAGUUGAAAUGUGAUUUAGUUAA